UAUUGCUUUAUCACAGAAUCGCUUUUCGGCAUCAUGUUUGCUGGUACGAUAUACGACUUUUUCACAGCUAACCCUAUCGGAAAGCAUUUGAACGGAAAGGAAUACCAGUGCUAUGGUAUUUUGGUUGGAUACGUCCUUUUCGUGACGUGGCUCGGCCCAUCUUGGAUGAGGGCCCGGAAGCCGUUCGAUUUAAAAAUACCCAUGAUCGUGUACAAUUUUUUCAUGUCAGUCUUCAAUUUCGUUUUGAUGACUCAACAUUACACAUUGCUAACAAAUGAAUGGGAUAUGAGAUGUUACGCCGGUUCUCUAGAAUCCCUCCAAAAGCUCAGGGUAAAAUCUUUAUAGCAUGGAAUUCACUUAUUGAAAAAUAUUUAGCUUUAUUUGAAACGAUUUUCUUUGUGCUACGCAAGAAGCAAAAUCAGAUAUCAUUUCUUCAUGUUUACCAUCACAUUGUCGCUUGUUUACUAGUUACCUGGAUUGGGGCAGCACCUGACCUAA